GAGCUCGAUUCCGCGUGCUGCAUAAUCGGAGCGAACUCGCCCCUCAAAAGCUCGCGCGUAUGUAUAAAACGUCAUCGGAGCAAAAGAAACGAUCGUCGUUGGAGGGGAUCACACGCGCUAUGGUCAAGGAUGAUGUCCGCAAGCGCGCUCUCAUGAAAGUCCGCGCUCGGCAGUAGCACCGCGCACUCGCUCGUCGACGACUCUCGCUGCGCUUUAUUAUAAAAAGAACUUCGAUUUGCAUUGCGUUGCAAGUCCCUAUGGCUUGUCGGUAAGAAGAUGACCGGUUACUGUCGCAUUGCCAGAGCGAAGAGUGUCCGAGUCGGUCGUUGUGCCUACUUCUGAGCUGCAGUGCAGGUUUCGGAGGCGCUUCCUUUUAAACGCGAAAUUUCGUGCCCGAAUAUUCGAGAGGGAUAUGGAUAAUAGACCGAAGAGAAGCAAUGGAGGAAAGAAGUCGAGACAGCCGCCGCCGGGCUUCUACAGGAAAACCCUGGCGCAACAGCAGAGGGACAGCGGCUCCGAGAGCGCACCGUUGUUGUCGUCCGGCUGCUCGCACGCUAGUCUGGAUCAGCCGAUCAUCAUGUUCCAGGACUCGGAGACCAGCGAUUUGGACUCCAGCACUGCCGGAAACUCUUCGAGAGACGGAAAAGAACAGUGUAGAUCUGUUAUUGACAGAUUGGUCAGUACGGGCGGCGGGAUAAACAACUACAACUCGAUCUCGAAUCUAUUGCCGAAGCGGCUGCCACCGUUGGUCAACGAACGAGUCCCCUCUUCGUUGAAUGCAUCGCUACACGCGGACAUCGAGCGCGACAAGUGCUACGAGAUUCGCAAUGCCGAUUUGCUCUUGGAAGACGAUCCAUUCGAUCUGAUGGAAGGAAGAACGGAGAAGGGACUGCUCAGCGAUUUUUUCACGCAGUCCUUGCCGAUGCAGGGAAACAUCGGAGACACGACAGAGGAAAUAAAACCGAAGCAAAGCUCUCUAGUCACAAUAUUUUCCGUCUGGAACACAAUCCUGGGCUCAUCGAUGCUGACGAUGCCCUGGGGCAUCUACAUGGCCGGUUUCGUCCCGGCGAUCAUCCUGAUACUCGCCAUGAGUGGUCUGUGCCUCUUCACCGCCUACAAGCUGCUGCAGGUCCACAAGUACCAUGGAGGCGGCGAGAGGAUCGAGGUGAUGGAGCUCAGUCGAGCUUUUCUGGGCUCCUGGGCCGAGCACAUGGCAAAGAUCUUCAGUAUCAGCGUCCUCAUGGGUGCUAAUAUAGCCUACUGGAUUCUGAUGUCCAAUUUUUUCUACAACUCCGUGAAUUUUCUCUACGACAUAAUUGCGGGCAUUCCUGUCUUGCCCGACACCUACAACAGAACAGACGGGGAUCUGCUCUGUCCUAAAUACGAGCUGAAUGGAACGGCGAAUUACGAUAAAUCGUACGACAACUUGGGACCAGCUUGGGAUUUGUACAAGACGGUACCGAUAUUCCUGGCUUUGCUCGUAUUCCCAGUUCUGAACUUCAAUACUACGACUUUCUUCACCAAAUUCAAUUCCCUUGGCACUGUCGCUAUCGUGUACUUGGUCGUAUUCGUAUUGGUGAAGUCAGGAUCCUGGGGAAUCAAUAUGGACAAAACUGCCUGGCAAGAGAGUUGGGUGCUUCGUUCGACUUUUCCGGUUCUAUCGGGAAUGCUGUCCCUGUCAUUCUUCAUACACAACAUCAUCAUAACGAUCAUGCAGAGCAAUCGGAAUCAGAAGAAAAACGGAAGAGAUUUGACUAUAGCUUACAUCUUGGUCACGAUCACUUACAUCAUCGUUGGAAUCGUAUUUUACGUUUGCUUUCCAUUGGCGAAAGUAUGCAUCGAAGAUAAUCUACUGAACAAUUUUCAAAAGAACGAUGGACUGACCGUAGGAGCGCGUGUAGUUCUUCUCUUCCAAUUGUUCACCGUUUAUCCUCUGAUAACCUACAUGCUGAGGAUCCAGUUGCUCUCUUCCGUGUUCAAGACGACCAAAUGUCGUCGCAGAUUCGUCCUGUUGGUGAACCUAAUCAUAGUUACGAUUUGCGUGCUUUUCGCGAUAUUCAUGCCGCAUGUAGGUACCAUCAUUCGGUACACUGGUGCUAUCAGUGGGUUAGUCUAUGUAUUUACGUUGCCUAGUUUACUACACUUGAUGAUCUCAUAUAGACAAGGAACCAUGACUGUAAUGCAAGUUAUGUGUCACGCAUGUGUACCAAUAAUUGGGGUACUGAAUCUCAUAAGUCAACUCUUCAUACAAGCGAAUUAGCGCGUCAAUCGCGAUGAUAAAAAGUAAUCGUGGCAGCAAAAAAACGCAAUAUAGUGAGCUGAAUAAUUUUGUGAUUUACAUGUUAAAAUAAGUUUAAGUCCUUUGUGAUAACAGUGCUAAUGAAUAAGAUACUGCCGGUACAUAUAAUACAAGUUACCCUGAGUAACUGUUACAAAGCAUUUAUUUACUUUCAAAAAAAAAAAAUCAAAAUAUUUACUACUUUGAACCUGCACAUUUUAUAGAUGAAAUGUAAAAUAUCUUUUUGCUGCCAAAAAUCUUUACUGUACAUAUAGAAAUUGUAUUUUUAUAUUAAAGUAUUAUUUAUUCAGAGUAAUAUAUUUUUAUAAAAUUAAACUUUUAUCAAUGUAAUUUUAUGUCUAAAAUAACUAAUUUAUUAUAUGUAUUAAAUUUUAAAAUUAUCUACAAUAAAUUUGCCCA